AUGGAGUACAUCGUGCAAUAUGCAAGAUACGACAGUGUGCAUACGCGUGUGCGUAUGAUCUCCGAGGUUCUAGAGGGUGUGCUCGGUGAUUCGUGCUGGUGUGUGGUAGUAAGGAAUCACAUGGUUAAACGAGAUUUUGAUGUGCUGAAAAGUGACCCACUUCAGCGAAAUAGGAAGCGUAGGAAUGGGCUUAAAAACGAUACACGUGAAGACGAUGCCGAUUGGAAUAGGUUGGAAAACUUAAGAAACUCGACUGUCAAGGAUGAUGAAUAUGCAUCAACGCGACACCAUAUGUGCAAAGCUGAAGAUAGUGUGCGCAGUUCACGAAGGCAAACCACACAAGAACCUGUGCACAGAGAAGCUGUAAAAAUACACACUAAACACACUUACAGGGGAUUGCACACAGACAAAGAAGAUCAUAUGCAACAAAGUAAAGUAAGUAAUAUGGGUUCAGUGAAGCAAAGUUAUCAUAAAAAAUAUCGACGAGAUAGGUUUAAACAUCGUAACUACUCUGACGCGCAUCGCAUGGACAGAACAGAUCAUGAAGGGUACGCUAAGAAUGCACCCGAGAUGCAAACGGCAAAUAUGACCCAACACAGUGACUUCGACGUUGUACUAUUCACGGGCAUUCAUGGAGCUCACACUUGUCGGUCGAUAAAUGUGGCGAUUGAAUUACUUAGGGAGCAUAGGGGGAUUAAGUAUGUAUAUGUCCAGAAGACCUAUACGCGUAGCCUGUCGCGAGCAGUGCCAAGGGAAGGAGAGCAGACUCCCCCCACCGACCACGUGCACAGCAGAAUCCUCGCUGACGUUGCUUGGGAUCAGGGAUUCGCCGGCAAAGUG